AUGGGGAUUGCUGUCCUCACUAUGAAGGCAUCUGUUAUUGAAAUGUUCCUUGUUUUGCUGGUGACUGGAAUACACUCAAAUAAAGAAAUGACAAAGAAGAUUAAAAGGCCCAAAUUCACUGUGCCUCAGAUCAACUGUGAUGUGAGAGCUGGAAAGAUAAUCAAUCCCGAGUUCAUUGUGAAAUGUCCAGCAGGAUGCCAAGACCCCAGGUACCACGUUUAUGGCACUGACGUCUAUGCAUCCUACUCCAGCGUGUGUGGCGCUGCGGUUCACAGUGGUGUGCUCGAUAAUUCAGGAGGGAAAAUACUUGUUCGGAAAGUUGCUGGACAGUCUGGCUAUAAAGGGAGUUACUCCAAUGGUGUCCAGUCGUUAUCCCUUCCACGAUGGAGAGAAUCCUUUGUCGUCUCAGAAGGUAAACCCCAAAAGGGUGUAACCUACCCAUCAUCUCUUACAUAUUCAUCAUCUAAAAGCCCAGCUGCCAAAGCAGAUUUCUGGUCCACCACCACCUACACUAACAGCCAAAAUAGUCCUUAUGUGACUCAGCAUCACACCCUCGAGCUAAACCACAGUCUGUCACCCUUGUGCGUCGGGCCGCAGGCACGAGGCUCCUUUGGCACAGCUGCAGCUGCUCUCCGAGUGCCCCCAUCUCACCGCAGCCAGAGAAAGUUCUCCAAGGGAAAUGUGCAGCCCUCGGGGCACGAAGCCGGGCCCCGGAAGGGAGGGGAACCUGAAUUGUGGAAACCUGGAUCGGUGCUUCUAGAUGCAGGAUUUGUUCCAAAAAAAGAAUUAAGCACACAGUCUUUGGAGCCAGUAUCCCAGGGAGAUCCAAGCUGCAAAGUUGACUUGUCAUUUUUAAUUGAUGGGAGCGCAAGCAUUGGCAAACGUCGAUUCCGAAUCCAGAAGCAGUUCCUGGCCGACGUUGCCCAAGCUCUUGACAUUGGCCCUGCCGGUCCACUGAUGGGUAUUGUUCAGUAUGGAGACAACCCUGUUACCCAGUUUAAUCUCAAGACUCACAUGAACUCCCGGGAUGUGAAGACAGCCAUAGAGAAAAUUACCCAGAGAGGAGGGCUUUCUAAUGUAGGCCGGGCCAUCUCCUUUGUGACUCAGAACUUCUUUUCCAAAUCUAAUGGAAACAGAGGCAGUGCUCCCAACGUGGCCGUGGUGAUGGUGGACGGCUGGCCCACGGACAAGGUGGAAGAGGCAUCAAGGUUUGCAAGAGAGUCAGGAAUCAACAUUUUCUUCAUCACCAUGGAAGGUGCCUCUGAAAAUGAGAAGCAGUACGUGCUAGAGCCCAACUUUGCAAACAAGGCUGUGUGCAGAACGAACGGCUUCUACUCGCUCAGUGUGCAGAACUGGUUCAGCCUCCACAAGACCGUGCAGCCCCUGGUGAAGCGGGUCUGUGACACCGACCGACUGGCCUGCAGCAAGACCUGCUUAAACUCGGCCGACAUUGGCUUCAUUAUCGACGGCUCCAGCAGCGUAGGGACGGGCAACUUCCGCACGGUUCUCCAGUUUGUGGCCAACCUCAGCAAAGAGUUUGAGAUUUCCGACACGGACACGCGGAUCGGGGCCGUGCAGUACACCUACGAGCAGCGGCUGGAGUUUGGGUUCGACGUGUACAGCACCAAGCCUGACGUCCUCAACGCCAUCAAGAGAGUGGGGUACUGGAGUGGUGGGACCAGCACGGGGGCUGCCAUCAACUACGCCCUGGAACAGCUCUUCAAGAAGUCCAAGCCCAACAAGAGGAAAUUAAUGAUCCUCAUCACUGACGGGAGGUCCUAUGACGAUGUCCGAAUACCGGCCAUGGUCGCCCAUCACGAGGUGAUCACCUAUGCCAUAGGCGUGGCAUGGGCUGCACAGGACGAGCUGGAAGUCAUCGCCACUCACCCUGCCAGGGACCACGCCUUCUUUGUGGACGAGUUCGACCACCUCUACAAAGUGGUUCCCAAGGUCAUCCAGAACAUUUGUACAGAGUUCAACUCACGGCCCCGGAACUAAAUUCAGAGCAGGCAAAGCACCAGCAGAUGCCGCUUUCCCGACGGGCUCUCGGACAACCCCCAAUGCUUUAUGGGACACACGUGGGGCAGCAAGGCACUUAGGGCUUGGAAACCACAUGUUGUUAUUUUUCUUUGCCAGUGUGGUGUUUCAUACUUCGAAACACAGAGUUAGAAAGGUGAUCAUAAAUUUGUAGAAUGAGCCAAAAUAAUCCAUCGUUUUGGGAAUGCUGGGGAUUUUACAU